CAGUUCAAUCUUUUUACAACAAGGGAUACCAGAGAUAAACUAUGAGAUGAGGAUAAUCCGCGGAUUAAGUUAACCUGAUAAUCCGUUAUGCUGGACUUGCGCAUGUGCAAUUUAACUUCUUCGGCAGAGACAUCAAUCAGAAGCCGCAAAAUUUUGUUUUUCUGAACUUGUGUUGUACCAGUAAUUUGUAUUUUACCUUUUUGGAGACGAUGUAAUGACACUGAACGCUUCACUAGUAAACAAUAGUUCUCAAAAUGGCCGGAAAAUGAAAAGAUUAUAAAAAAGUAUGUUUAAAAUGAACGACAGGUUAUAAUAGAUGAAGCCAAAACUAGAAAAAUGCUCGAAGACACUCGUUCAAAUGAUGUGAUGGACACAGAUGCAUCGCAUUGCGUGCCAAAAGUUGUGAAAAGUUUUGGAAUUUCUAUCGAUUCCAGUAGGAUUAACGAAGUUUCGUUGCAAGACCGUCCCGACGAUUUGAGUGGUUUAGAAGUGAACAUCUUUGAUCAAGAUGUGUUCGAAGAAGCAGUUUUACAGCAAGUUGAUGAGGCUAUUUCGAAGCGGGAAGAAGCCUUGAAAAAGGAGAGGUUGAUUAAAGAUUUGAAGGAAAUUGAAGAUGAACUUAGUAAUAUUCAUGGAAAGAUUGCUUGUGCCAAGCAACAUGUGAAAGAAUUGAUGAUAGCUAAAGUUGACGAAUUAACCAGAAGAAAGAAUGAAAUUGAACAAAGAUUGCUUGCACAAUCAAAAGAACAUGUUGAUGAUGAAGAUGUUCCAACAACAUCCAGAGAAAUUGAUUGUGAACAUCACGUGAACUCAAUUCUUCGUCUUGAUGGUCAGUUGGAAACGGAAACUGAAAAGCUUGUGCGCCUCGGUGAAAUGACGCCGUUUGGUAGUCUUGGCAACUACACAGCCAUGGCAGUCAAUACCAAGAGUGCCGAUGAUGACAUCAUCCCUAAUGUUACGUCACUAACACGUCAUAAGGGUUCUAUGAUAUCGAGCAGGACUAGUAAUGAUAGCAGUGUUGAACAUGUGAAAGACUCCUGUAGCGUCAAAACUACAUCAUACUAUGAAAUGGCAAACAAGGAUGUGGGUGAUAUGAACUUAAGUGGUGGUGCGGACAGUGAUUGCGAUUACGUACCGACGAAUGAAGAACUUAUAUCAAGUUUCAAUGAUGAUGAAGAUGAAGUUAUGCUGUUUGAUGAGGACGAAUGUUUGGAUAAUGGAUACAUCGACGAAAAGAAAAGAAGACGAAAUGGGAAAGAGAAAGUUGAGAAAGGCACGAAGAAAAUGAUGCAACCUACAAGAGAUGAUGGAGAUGAUAGGAUAUAUGAAAGGAGAAUAAGGGAGUUCAAGUUAAAAAAAUCACUUCGGGAAAAAGGCAUUUUUUACGAAGGUCAAACAGGUGAAGAAGACGACUUUGAGAACGAGAAAAUCGUGGACGAAGAGUUUGAGGGUGGUUUCAAAAUGCCUGCAGUAAUUUGGAAGAAACUUUUCAGGUACCAAAAAACUGGUGUUAAAUGGCUUUGGGAACUUCAUACUCAGCAAGCUGGUGGGAUAGUUGGGGAUGAAAUGGGAUUGGGAAAGACCAUUCAAGUCAUAUCAUUCCUAGCUGGUCUGAAAUAUAGCAAAAUAGGACGGCAAUCAUCCAAACAGAAUUGUCUUGGUCCUGUUCUCAUUAUCUGUCCUGCCACAGUUUUGUUUCAAUGGGUGAGGGAAUUUCAUAAAUGGUGGCCAGAAUUUCGGGUUGCUGUUCUUCACAACACUGGAUCACAUAAUGGAUCAAAGGAAACUCUAAUUACUAAAGUUCGUAACGAACCUGGCGUGUUACUUACAACAUACUCUGGUGUAAGGUUAAAUCAAGACUCUUUACUGCAAUCACGUUGGGAUUACGUCAUCUUAGAUGAAGGUCAUAUUAUACGGAACCCGGAUGCUGAGGUUACACUGAUCUGUAAACAGUUUCGAACGCCACACCGUCUUGUGUUGUCUGGCUCACCGAUGCAAAAUAAUCUUCGUGAAUUAUGGUCAUUGUUUGACUUCGUUUAUCCUGGAAAACUGGGAACAUUACCUGUGUUUAUGCAAGAAUUUUCCGUACCAAUAACAAUGGGAGGAUAUUCAAAUGCUUCCUCUGUUCAGGUACAAACAGCAUACAAAUGCGCAUGCAUUCUGAGGGACACGAUAAACCCGUAUCUUCUAAGGAGAAUGAAAAAAGAUGUGAAAAUGAAAUUGGAUUUACCGAACAAAAAUGAGCAGGUCUUAUUUUGUCGUUUGACUGAGGAACAGAUAGAUCUGUACAAGGAAUACCUUUCAUCAAGAGACGUCAGUUCAAUUCUUUCGGGAAAUAUGAAGGUUUUUCCCGGUUUAAUCAUGCUUAGAAAGAUUUGCAAUCAUCCAGACCUAACGAGCGAGGCUGGUUCAAUAUGGAAACUGCGAAAAGAUUGCGAGGCCAAGCAGACUAAUGUUUCUAAUUAUACAGAGGGAAAUGACGACGGCUAUGGAGACUGUAAACGGUCUGGGACCAAGCAUAACAGUGCUUCUGAUAAUUCGGAGGGAAUUGACCUCGGUUAUGGGGACUGGAAACGAUCUGGAAAACUCAUAGUUGUACAGUCUUUGUUGAAACUAUGGAAGAAGCAAAGUCAUAAAGUAUUGCUUUUCACGCAAACUCGUCAGAUGUUGAAAAUCUUUGAAAUAUUUGUGAAAUCUGAAGGUUACAAUUAUUGUAAAAUGGAUGGCACUACUUCAAUUUCUUCUCGACAACCGUUGGUUGAAAAAUUCAACAAGGAUGAUUCAAUAUUUGUUUUCCUUCUCACAACUCGUGUUGGUGGACUGGGCGUGAAUUUAGUUGGUGCUAAUCGUGUCAUCAUUUACGAUCCCGACUGGAAUCCUGGAACGGAUAUGCAAGCGAGGGAACGCGCGUGGCGCGUGGGACAGAAAAAAGACGUCACGAUUUACCGUUUGUUGACCACGGGAACUAUUGAAGAGAAGAUUUACCACAGGCAAAUUUUCAAGCAGUUCCUAACGAAUCGCGUCCUGAAAGAUCCAAAACAGAGACGUUUCUUCAAAUCCAAUGAUCUUUUUGAAUUAUUUACUUUGGACACAUCUGACAACAAAAAAACAGGCACAGAAACAGCCGCCAUAUUUGCGGGUCUUGGUUGCGAAGUGCCUGUUCCUAGGAAGUCGAAAUUGAACAAAUGGAAGCACAAGAGUACUCGAGAAAGAAAAACUUCAAAAAGCAUCCAGGAACGAACCCAAGAAAUUCUCAGAACACAAUUUCCGAAUCGGAUAAUGCAGAAACAGAAUGAAAAAUGCGAUGAUGAACUAAAUGAAAAGGAUGUUUCGUGUGAAAAAGGAAAGUCUGUACUCGAUCCAAAUGAAGUGACAGAAAAUUCUUUAAAAGAAGAAGAAUUAAAAAAGCAAAUAACUGAUAGCAGGAACGUUUUUGAAGAAAAUACAAUGAAACUGUCCGACAAUUCACGCAAUUGCUCGACUUCGGAAGAAGAUCGUAUUUUUUCGCCCAAUGCUCGGCUACAUACUGAUCCAAAUUCAGGUUGCUCAACCUUGGAAGAAGAUCGUAUUUUUUCGCCUAAUGCUCGGCUACAUACUGAUCCAAAUUCAGGUUGCUCAACCUUGGAAGGAGAUCGUGUUUCUUCGCCGAAUGCUCGGCUACAUACUGAUCCAAAUUCAGGUUGCUCAACCUUGGAAAGAGAUCGUGUUUCUUCGCCCAAUGCUCGGCUACAUACUGAUCCAAAUUCAGGUUGCUCAACUUUGGAAGGAGAUCGUGUUUCUUUGCCCAAUGCUCGGCUACAUACUGAUCCAAAUUCAGGUUGCUCAACCUUGGAAGGAGAUCGUGUUUCUUCGCCGAAUGCUCGGCUACAUACUGAUCCAAAUUCAGGUUGCUCAACCUUGAAAGGAGAUCGUGUUUCUUCGCCCAAUGCUCGGCUACAUACUGAUCCAAAUUCAAGUUGCUCAACCUUGAAAGGAGAUCGUGUUUCGUCGCCCAAUGCUCGGCUACAUACUGAUCCAAAUUCAGGUUGCUCAACCUUGGAAGGAGAUCGUGUUUCUUCGCCCAAUGCUCGGCUACAUACUAAUCCAAAUUCAGGUUGCUCAACCUUGGAAAGAGAUCGUGUUUCUUCGCCCAAUUCUCGGCCCAAUAUUUCUCGGAAUUCUUGCAGUACUGAUAAGGACUGUGCAGAAAAGCUACGGAUGUCAAAUGAUUUUGUUGUGAAAGAUGUAAAAAUAGAUAAAAAUGAAACAAGAAAAGGAAAAGGCGGGAAAAGCUUAGAGAAGCGAAAGAAACGAAAAAAGCGAAAACGAAACGAAAUCGAAGGUGUACGUAUUAGUCAGUUGAGUCAUUCUGAGCUUUACGAGGAUAAGAAAAGCCUGGAAAAUGUCGAAAACAAUUCAGAUGAUGAUUACAUAUUAAGAAAGCUAUUUAAGAAAUCAGGUGUUCAUAGCGCCCUUCAGCAUGACACGAUUGUAAACUCGGGAAGGGCUGACCAUAUCUUGAUCGAAAACGAGGCGAAGCGUGUCGCAGCCGAGGCGACCGAGGCUCUCAAACGGUCACGUGAACAGUGUCAACAAUUGAGAAACAGUGGUUUGCCCACGUGGACGGGACGAUCUGGUAUCGUGGGUUCGCCCCUUGUACCACGGGGGAGACGUUUAUUUGGUCCCACAUCUAACGUGGAAACAAAGUGUGAGAAUGGAUCAAGUGUGCCAUUUAGUGGGAAGUCAUUCGAGCAUAAUAAUGGAAUAGAAUCGUCCAAUUCUGGUCUCGGGUUACCUAUGUCUUCCACGCAGCUACUUGCACGAAUGAGAGCCCGCAAUUCGAUCGGAGGCUCCAAUGUAGCUGGAGACAUGCAGUCUGGCGAACAAAAAUACUUCGAAACAAUGAUGGAAUUGCGAAACUUUAUUGCUAGUGGUUGCUCGUGCCCAGGUCGCGCAACCACACAGGAAAUUCUUGCUGAAUUUUCUAGUAGACUUUCCGCUGAAGACAGUGCAAUAUUUCGACAGCUGCUUAGAAGUAUUUGUAAUUUUAAUCGAUCAAUGUCCGGAGAGGGAUUGUGGAUGUUGAAAUCAGAGUUUUCUUGAAGUUAUACUUGUUAAUAAUAGUUAUAUUUUGAGUUGUACUAAGUUACAUAUUAGUGCUAUACAUAUAAGUACUUUAUGGUUGACCUGCGGGCUCAAGCUAACUUUUAUAUUUAGGUUUUUUGCUAGUUAUAUGGCAAUGUUAAUAGAACUUUCAUUUACUAUGUGAUGUUUUCAUUCAACACAGUAAUGAUCUUCCAAAUGUUAAAUUAUAAAGUAUAAGAACAA